UCAGUUUUUACCGAGUUGUGGAGCCAAGCAGCUGCUGAGCCGAGGCUAACGUGCAGCUGAGAUGAAGCCGCACUCCGAUUGGCUCUGACUUUUUCCUUUGCCUUUUUUUUUUUUUUUUAAAGCCAUUUUCAUUCAAGCGGUUUGUCAACAUGGCAGAGCCGUCGGUGGCUGCAAAAAUGGCGUCACUUGUCCCGGUCCGAGCCGCGACUCUGAUUCUCUUAACCGUCUGCUUAAUUGCGCCGACGCGCGCCAAAGAAGGCGGGGGAGAGGAGACCGUCAUCAUCGGCUUGCGCCUAGAGGACACAGACGACAUUUCGUUCAUGGACAGGGGCUAUCUACGGGUGAGCGAGCGCUCCCGGGUCAAGUUGCGCGUGUACGGGCACAACAUCAACAACGAGACGUGGUCCAAGAUCGCGUUCACAGAGCACGAACGGAGUCGUGCCGUUGCCAGCCUCGACAGCUCCAACGGCGACAACAAGAGCCACGAGGAAACGUCGGGUUUGCACCCGUGCGGCAUCAGGACAUCGGACAUUUUGAUCUUGCCCAACAUCGUGUUGAACCGCAAGACGUCCGGAGUGGUGGAGAUCGAGGUCAAGCCGCUGAGGAAGACCGAGAGGAGCAAAGCGUACUACCUGUGCAUCGCCACAUCUACGCCGGCUGGCACGCAUGACCCGUGGACAGAAAACACGUGGAUAUACCAUGAAGGUGAUGACACCAAAGUUAUCGUGGUGGAGGAGAGGAAGUUUCUGCUCCCCUUUUGGCUCCAGGUGAUCUUCAUCUCCAUGCUGCUCUGCCUUUCCGGUAUGUUCAGCGGCUUAAACCUGGGACUCAUGGCGCUCGACCCGAUGGAGCUGCAGAUCGUGCAGAACUGCGGCACCGAGCGCGAGAAGAACUACGCGCGCAAAAUAGAACCGGUGCGCAGCCAGGGGAAUUACCUGCUGUGCUCGCUGCUGUUAGGGAACGUGCUCGUGAACACCACUCUCACCAUCCUGCUGGAUGACAUUGCCGGAAACGGACUGAUUGCCGUGGUCAUGUCCACGAUUGGUAUCGUGAUUUUCGGCGAGAUUGUGCCUCAGGCCAUAUGCUCGCGCCACGGGCUGGCCGUGGGCGCCAACACCAUCUUUCUCACCAAGUUCUUCAUGCUGCUCACGUUUCCUGCGUCGUACCCUGUCAGCAAGCUGCUCGAUUACCUCCUUGGUCAGGAGAUCGGCACCGUGUAUAAUCGCGAGAAGCUGCUCGAGAUGCUGCGCGUCACCGACCCUUACAACGACCUGGUCAAGGAGGAGCUGAACAUCAUCCAGGGCGCGCUCGAGCUGCGCACCAAGACCGUGGAGGACGUGAUGACGCCGCUGCGUGACUGCUUCAUGCUGGCGGCUGAGGCCGUGCUCGACUUCGCUACGGUGAGCGAGAUCAUGGAGAGCGGCUACACGCGCAUUCCCGUGUACGAGGUGGAGCGCUCCAACAUCAUUGACAUGCUCUUGGUUAAGGACCUGGCUUUCGUGGACCCGGACGACUGCACGCCGCUCAAGACUGUCACCAAGUUCUACAGCCACCCGCUGCACUUUGUCUUCAACGACACCAAGCUGGACGCCAUGCUCGAGGAGUUCAAAAAAGGGAAGUCGCACCUGGCCAUAGUUCAGAGGGUCAACAAUGAGGGGGAAGGGGAUCCCUUUUAUGAGGUGCUUGGGAUCGUCACCCUGGAGGAUGUGAUAGAAGAAAUAAUCAAGUCUGAAAUCCUGGAUGAGACAGAUUUAUACACCGACAACAAAACAAAAAAGAAAAUCACCCAUCGGGAGAGGAAGCAGGAUUUCUCGGCCUUCAAGCCCAUGGACAAUGAAAUGAAGGUUAAAAUAUCACCUCAGCUUCUACUGGCUACUCUGCGUUUCCUAGCAACAGAAGUGGAAACAUUUGGCCCGAAUCAGAUGUCUGAGAAGAUUUUGCUGAGGUUGUUGAAGCACCCUAAUGUAAUCCAGGAACUGAAGUUCAAUGAGAAGAACAAGAAAGCGCCAGAACAUUACCUCUAUGUCCGCAACAGACCCGCGGACUGCUUCGUCCUCAUCCUGCAGGGGAAAGUUGAAGUGGAGGCAGGGAAGGAUGGGAUGAAGUUUGAAUCUGGAGGGUUUUCAUCAUACGGGAUGAUGUCCCUCACUGCUUCUCCAGUUUCUCUUUCCCUUUCUCGCAAUUGUGUGGUCAAGAGGUCAGAAUCAAUCAGAGUACCUCCAGGGACUGGUAUCGAGAACAAGUCUCCACCUCGGCCAUAUGGACUGAACCACUCUGACUCGCUGAACCGGAGUGACCGCAAUGAAGCUAUUAAUCCCCCACUGGGCAGCAGCAACAACCAGCUCAACUCCUUUCUGCAGAUCUACGUACCAGACUACACAGUUCGAGCCAUCACAGAUCUUCUUUAUGUCAAGGUCACCCGUCAGCAGUACCAGAAUGCCGUGAUGGCGUCACACAUGGAAAAGACACCGCAGCCAUCGGACAGCGAGUACACCAAAAUUGAACUGACUCUCAGUGAGCUGCACGACGGCGUGGUGGACGAGACGGACAUUCUGCUCAACCAGACGCAGAACUGUGUCGCCCACAAAAAGGCGAACCACAUGGUGCACAAUGAGGGUACCGUCUAGCCCCCAGCGGGGUGGUUGGGAGUUUACAAAAAAGGGUGGAAAAAGGAAGCUGCUUCCGCUUUUUUUUUUUUUUUUUUUUUUUUUUUUUCACCUUCUGUGUUGUCUCCGCCACCCCCUGUAACAACUGGACACAAAACCACAAAGGACCGCUAAAACAGCGUCUGGGUUUUUGGGACGCAAUAAACAGCCAGUUCGGUUCCACACACCCUGCCGUGUGCCUGUCCACCAGACCAAAGAGUUUGGAGUUUGGACACCCUCCCCCAUCUGUCACUAGGCCCUGAACAUACUCCUCGACUGUCCCCUUUAAGGUGCCAGGAGGGAUUCUGGGAUAGAGGAGGACCACAAGUCAAAUGGACUACUUUCUACAACUUCAACAGGCUGAUGUUGUAAUAUGGUGAGUCAGAGACUGUGCCAAAUACCAAUUUGAAGGAAACCAUGAACCGCUUACCAAUAACAUUUUCCUCCUGUAUUUAUUUAUUUUAUACAUGUCUACUGUAUAUACGUAUGUGUGCAUGUAACUACAGGCACAUGCCAAGAACACACCUUUGUAAAAUUCAGUGUAAUGUGUGUACUGUAUAUGUUGUGCCUUUGUGAGUGUGAAUGUGAUGCCAUGCACAUGCUAUAGUAUACACAUAGUUACAAAUACAUUACUGUAUGUGUAUUGGUGAGGGUCUUUUACAUGUAUGUAUAUUACAGAUAUUGUUAUUUUUACUAUUCUAAAUCAGGCAUUAUGGUACAGUACAUUUUACACCUUUUUAAAAAAAAAGAAUCACAGUAUUUGCCUUAAAGAAUCAUAUUAAUUUUUAACAAGUGCAAUGAACCAUAUUUCUAUUUAAAAAAGAUGAUUUAUUGAUUAAAAUCAGUUUAUUGUAAAACAGUAGCUAUAUUUGUAUGCAUUCACUGUGUUGCUCAAAUUUGCAUUGGUCCCUUGGAAACACUCCUUCACUACCUGCUUGCCUUAACUUUAGAGGAUCUUAAUGCGGCCUACUUCUUCAGGUUUUAAUAGGCAUGGGUCAUAUAAAUAUAUACAAAGAGAAAAGACUUUGUACUAGUAUGCAUUCCGGCUGUAUUCGGAGUUGAGAUACGGACGCAUAAUAGGGAUUUAGUACUGAAAUUUCUGUAUAAUCUCUGGUAUAUCAACCUCAGACGCAACUCUGGACUACGAGCUAAUACGUUACGCGCGAUUCCGAACUUGAACCCGAAUGUGUUUUCUUCUCGCUCUGUAUGCAACCUAACAGGAUGUGCUGGAUCAAGUGCUAUUUUAUAUUAUAAGCUGCUAUAUAAUGAGGGUGAAAUGAGGCCAUAUGUUUAAUUCGCGGUGUUACAUAUGUUAAUUAUUAGUUGUCUCUUAAUUUUACGUUUUUACACUGGAUUACAACAAAAAAAAAACGCUAGAAAAAUGCUAUAUCCUUCUUCAGUCCGCAUUUUCUAUCCCUGAUUUAUUUGUGGGUUUAGUUCUUGUGUUCAAAUGCUACUGGAAACCCAGUCUCUGGUGUUUUUACUCUCCGAGUGCGAGUCACUUUCUCUGCGUAAAUAUGAAUUUUUAUUGAUGACGUUAAGUUAGCGACUCGGAACAAGGCCCAGUUUAUAAUGCAGGUGAUUCCUAGUUGCUCUGAUGGUCACACACAGUGAACUCUCUGAGGUAUCUUGAAGUUACCUAGCUUACCCUAAUGUUCAUUAUGUAAGAUGAGGAAGGACCGAGUGCUCAGUAUAAAAUGGAUAGCAUGUAAUAACAAUGACAAUUUUUUUUGUUAGGCCUGAUAAGACCCUCAUUCACCAUCUGUUCUUCUUUCGAAGUAGAGAAUGGUUAUUUCAAUCUUGUUUGCCGAGUCAAUUCAAUUUUUUUUCAAAUGGGGACCAGAAUUUUUUUCCCAAAAUCUGACCAGUUAACUUACAAUGCCUCAUAAUAAAAACAAUAUUUUUUUAAAACUACUAUUGUGUGGUCAUGUAUAGUCUCUGUCCAGGUAUUACAUUUGCAUUAUAUUCAAGGAGAAGCAUGUUUUUUCCAAAGAAAUAAAAAAAUUAAUUAAUAAUUUAUAUAAUAAAUGAUUUAAAUAAAUAAAUAAAUAAAUAAAUAAAUAAAUAAAUAAAUAAAUAAAUAAAUAAAAAAAAUAGUAGGUGGGAGGGGGGAUUGUAUGUCUCCUAAAAUGUCCUUUUACAAGUAUUUAACUUUUUUUUUUUA